UUGGAUUGUGGGAUUUCUGGCUGGAACCCAGGAAUCUUCAGAAUGCGAAAUUGCUUGCAAAGGCAUCUUGCAUCAGCUCGCAGAAGUUUCUUUCCAGCCCGGCUUCUCCACCUAGGGGGAAAGAAAACAGCAUCAGUCUGUUCUUCUUUAGCACCGUGGAUUAAACUACUGAAAACAUCCUCCGUUACUUCCCUAAAACCUCAUCAAAACACCCAGAUACCAGAGUCAUAAAACUGUUCCAAGAUGCUGACUCCUGCUUGGGCACUGAUAGCUCUACUGGUGCUGCUGAAUAUCCCAAGUGCUGUGAAAGCCCAGGUCAAUCCAGCUGUCUGCCGCUAUCCACUGGGCAUGUCAGGUGGGCAUAUCCCUGAUGAAGACAUUUCUGCUUCCAGCCAGUGGUCAGAAUCCACAGCCGCUAAGUAUGGAAGGCUGGGUUCUGAAGAGGGAGAUGGUGCUUGGUGUCCUGAGGUCCCUGUGGAACCAGAUGACCUCAAGGAAUUCCUGGAGAUUGAUUUGCAUGCCCUGCACUUCAUCACACUGGUGGGGACCCAAGGCCGCCAUGCUGGAGGGCAUGGCAACGAGUUUGCUCCAAUGUACAAAAUUAAUUACAGCCGAGAUGGUGCCCGCUGGAUCUCCUGGCGGAAUAGGCAUGGAAAGCAGGUGGUUGACGGAAACACCAACCCAUAUGACAUUGUCCUCAAAGACUUGGAGCCACCUAUAAUUGCUCGAUUUAUUCGGUUUAUACCUAUGACUGACCAUUCCACGAAUGUCUGCCUUCGGGUAGAACUGUAUGGUUGUGUCUGGUUGGAUGGGUUGGUUUCAUACAGCGCUCCAGCAGGGCAGCAAUUGGUUCUACCUGGGAGCACUGUGAUAUACCUGAAUGACUCAAUCUACGAUGGAGCUUUUGGUUACAGCAUGACAGAAGGGUUAGGCCAGCUGACAGAUGGAGUUUCAGGCCUGGAUGAUUUCAUUCAGACCCAUGAGUACCAUGUGUGGCCUGGAUACGACUACAUUGGCUGGCGCAAUGAGAGCGUCACAAACGGCAACGUGGAAAUCAUCUUUGAAUUUGACCGGAUUAGAAACUUCACCACUAUGAAGGUUCACUGCAACAACAUGUUUGCCAAAGGAGUGAAGAUCUUUAAGGAGGUGCAGUGCCAGUUCCGCUCUGAUUCAAACGAAUGGGAGCCGAACGGUAUCUCCUCAGUGCCGAUACUCGAUGAUGUGAAUCCCAGUGCUCGCUUUGUCACAGUGCUCCUAUUCCACCACAUGGCCAGUGCCAUUAAGUGCCAGUUCUACUUUGCUGACAUCUGGAUGAUGUUCAGUGAGAUCUCCUUCCAAUCAGAUGCGGCCAUGUACAACAAUUCUGGAGCCAUUCCUGAGUUUUCAGUUACGCCCACUACAUACGAUCCAACACUCAAAGUGGAUGACAGCAACACCCGCAUCUUGAUUGGCUGCCUGGUGGCCAUCAUCUUUAUCCUGGUGGCCAUCAUCGUGAUCAUCCUCUGGCGCCAGUUUUGGCAAAAGAUGCUGGAAAAGGCUUCUCGUCGGAUGCUGGAUGAUGAAAUGACCGUCAGCCUUUCUCUGCCCAGCGAGUUCAGCAUGUUCAACCACAACCGUUCCACCUCAUCGAGUGAGCGGGAAUCAAACUCCACAUAUGACCGCAUAUUCCCCUUGGGUCCAGAUUACCAGGAACCCUCUCGGCUGAUCCGCAAGUUGCCUGAAUUCACCUCAGGAGAAGAUGAGGCAGGUCAGAACAGAACACCCAAUAUUUGGAAAGAUAAUCAGUUUCUUUCAUCUAUGUCUUCUUGCUGCAGUGGUGCCCCCAAGCCUGCCCAGCCAAGUGGAGCUGAAGGGGUCCCCCAUUAUGCGGAAGCAGACAUUGUCAACCUGCAAGGGGUGACCGGCAGCAACACCUAUUCUGUCCCUGCUCUCACUAUGGACUUGCUGUCUGGCAAAGACGUGGCUAUGACUGAAUUUCCUAGGAAGCUGCUGACUUUCAAGGAGAAGCUGGGAGAAGGCCAGUUUGGGGAGGUUCACCUGUGUGAAGUGGAAGGGAUGGAGAAGUUUGCAGACAAGGAUUUUGUUCUGGAUGGUAAUGUAGGCCAGUCUGUCCCAGUGGCUGUGAAAAUGCUGCGAGCUGAUGCCAACAAGAAUGCCAGGAAUGACUUUCUCAAGGAGAUUAAGAUCAUGUCCAGGCUGAAGGAUCCCAACAUCAUCCGGUUGUUGGCUGUGUGCAUUGCUGAUGACCCUCUCUGCAUGAUCACAGAGUACAUGGAGAACGGGGACCUCAAUCAGUUCUUGUCUCGCCAGGAGCCCCAGAGUUUGUCAGAGAGCUCCACCUCUUCUGUCAGCUAUGCAGAUCUGAAAUUCAUGGCUACACAGAUUGCUUCUGGCAUGAAAUAUCUGUCCUCCCUGAAUUUUGUCCACCGAGACCUGGCCACACGCAAUUGCCUAGUGGGGAAGAAUUAUACCAUCAAGAUAGCUGAUUUUGGAAUGAGCCGGAACCUCUACAGUGGCGACUACUAUAGGAUCCAGGGCCGAGCAGUACUCCCCAUCCGCUGGAUGUCGUGGGAGAGCAUCCUUUUGGGGAAAUUCACCACCGCAAGUGAUGUGUGGGCAUUUGGUGUGACGCUCUGGGAGACCUUCACAUUUUGCCGCGAGCAGCCCUAUUCCCAGUUUUCAGAUGAACAAGUCAUUGAGAAUACCGGAGAGUUCUUCAGGGAGCAGGGGCGGCAGACAUACCUCCCACAGCCUGCAUUUUGCCCUGAUCCCGUGUAUAAGCUAAUGCUCAGCUGCUGGAGACGAGACACCAAAGACCGGCCUUCUUUCCAGGAAAUCCAUCGCCUUCUCGAAGAAGCAACCACUUCGUAGUCCAUGCCUUUCAUUCCUUCACCAGGUGCUCUGGACCACCUCUCAAAGAAACCCCACACUUCAAGCUGAAGGAACUUCACCUGGACUUUCCAUUGCUUUGAAUAGCAGAGCUGGGACUUUAAUCAGCCACGGAAGGAAAGAAGGUGGGAUCUGACCAGGUCUGCCACACAACCUUAUUCAAGGUGCUGUGCUAUGGACUGGCGUAGUUUGAAACAAAUGUUUAUUUAUCUUGUACGUGUUAUAGCUUCUGAUUCAUGGAUGCAUUUUUUCCCGCAAGAGGAGGUAUACUAUUUUUUUCCCCAGGAGAAUACAUUUUGAGAUGUGUCCUGAAGUCAGAAGAGGCAUAUGAAGUAAGAAAGUGAAGUACCUACCUGGUAUUUUAUGUUUGAGGCUAUAUGUAUGCUGUGAAUCCAUAGGAUCACAAUUAGAAAAGCACAGAAUGAGAUUUCCAAGGAAGGAUAUCCUCCCUUCACUUCUGUAGACUCUCAACUUUUAAAAAGACCAAGAUUCUGGUCUUUGGGGCUGCAAAGGUACAUCAGAAAGUAGGUGGACAGUAUAUCCUAAACUCCAGAAGAGUGGCCAAGAUUUCCAGUAGUUGAAAACAAGGCUUCAGUCUUCCCCAUGACUAGCAACCCAGAAGAAAUUAUACCCCCCCAAAAGAAAUAUUGUGCACAUUUACUCAAUUUGUACACUUUAUAUUGGCCACAAAAAACGGUUUGCCUGGGUGUAGGAUUUGGAUUGCUUGUGUUAAAGACAUGUUUAGCUUGGAGUAUACACAGCCCUGUUUGUGCCUUGUGCUACAUGAAAUAUCAGAAUGUUGUCACCCACGUUCCCUGGAUUUGGAGCACCUACAGCAGGUGCUCUACCCACCCGAUCCCUUGGGUCUCUUCCUAAGGCAUGAAGGGAAGGUCUAAGGCUCCUUCUCCCAUAUGUUAUGGUCCCAAUUUGACAUGAGUCCCUGCUAGGGUUGCCUGGAAUUACAACUGAUCUCUAAGAGUACAAAGAUCAGUUCCCUUGGAGAAAACAGCUCAUUUGGAGGGCAGAUUCUGUGGCAUUAUACUCUCUUUUACCCAAACUCUGCUUUUCCCAGGUUCCAGCCUUCAAAUAUCCAGGAAUUUCCCAACCUGGUGUUUGCAACUCUAGCCCCCAUACAUCUGAGAAUCAUGUUCUGCGCACCAGGCACUCGUCUGUUGACAGUCCAUAUGCCUGCCACGGGGUCUUUGCGGCAUGUGAAUUGACACUUGAUCAAACAGAAAAUACGAAUGUCAGAAUGUUCGUUGAUUGACAGUUGUGAGUUUCAAGCUUCAAAAAUCAGCUCUAGAAUACUGCUGUAUGUUAUUUGUGAAUGUCUUUUGGAAGUGAAAGUGGGUUUCAGGGGGCUUCAGACACCUUUGCAUUUUUGCUUGCUCCUGGGCUGUUGGCUAAUGAGGCAUCAAAGUAUUCUGGGAGAGUGGUUGGUUUUGCAAAGCAGAGGUAGUAAGAAAGCUCUUACGAUGUCUGAGGUAACCCUGAUAUGAGGUGAGUUGAGGUAUACCACCCUAGGAAGUCAAUUUUGGGUACCUGUAAACAGGGAUAGAGUUGUAGAUAGAUUUUGACAGAUUAUGUAGCUCUUGUUUAUUUCAUGGGAACUUGUGAAGGAGCACUGACACUCUAGGAAAUAAGGUACCAACCAGGUAAGUUGCUGAACUGGGAAGCUGGCAGGUGCACUGCAAGCUCUCCAGGACCAAACUAGAUGGGGUAGGGUAGCCCUCCUUGUUUACGCAGAUCCCUCCUCUGUUCAUGUCUAAUUAGAAGUGGGAUGAUGCACGACUGAAUAAAGCUGAAUGCUCUUUGCAGCCCUGACUUGGUUCUGUUCUCCAAAUUCUACACUAGGACAGAUCCAGGAACAGCCUACAGCUGCCCCAUCUCAUUUUAUUUUGCCCUUCUGCCGGUACCUGAGACUGGGAAGUCAGGCCAUAAGAUUUAGCAGACUAGGUGGAACCUGAUUGGCUCCUUGGGUCAUGUGAUCGCCAUUGCAAUUCUGCCAUCUGAACCAGUGGCUGCAGUGGCUCUGGCCAUCUGCUGUGGUGGUGCUGAAGCACAGAAGAGAGUAAAGCAACAGCCUCCUCCUUGGACAAGCUACCAUGGCUCUUUCUGUUCUCAUUUUCGACCAAAACCUUAAAGGCUUUCCUGGUGGCUUUUACCACCCAUAGCAGAAGGAAGCCUGUCAGUUGGAAUAUCUGCUUCAGACAUUAGCGUAACGUGGGUGGCAGGUCCUAUUUGUGUGAGACCCGUGUUGUUUUUCGUCAAAGUCCAGUGAAGCAAAUAUUUGACUCGCUGGCUAAGGAGAGGAAUGCGGAGUUGUGACUACAAGCCUAUUGCCUCAUACGGGUGGUUCACAAUGGAGGCUUUCUGGAAUCAUCAACUGGUUUGCAAAAGUGGAGGGGCACUAAUAAGUGAGAAAUAGCAGAAGUAGUACGAAUAGUAGAGAUAGUAGCAGAGUUUAGGGCUGGAUACUCUUGGCAGAUCUUCAGACCACCUGGGGACAUCUGCUUUCAUAGCAUCGCUCUCAGACUGUGAGGGAGGCCUACUUGGAGAAUGCAGGCCAUUGAUAAGAGAGAAAAACAGAUUGUUCUGUGGAUCUCCAAGGCCAGUUUGGGGAAUGUUUUGUCUGGGCUGAGAGGUGGAAACGACCCCUCCCUUUCCCACAUAGCGGUGGUGGCCUUGUGCCCACUUCCAGUAAGCCCCGUAUUAAUGGAUUUUGCAACAAGUUGAUAGAGCAAGUGCCCUUUACUUCAGCCACAAUAUGCUUGGUGGGCAUUUGUGACACAUCCCCCUCUUCCUAUCCCUUUGAUUACUAGCCAAGGACAAUUGAACUGAGCACCAUCACCUAGUUGUUUUGUCCUAGUAUUUGGCAGCAGUUUGAGCAUUCUGCUCUUCAUCAGCCUCAUUAGGAGUAGUUGUCCAUACUAAAGACUCGGUAUAAUCAAAUACUCAUGUGUACAUAGAAUUCUGUAAAAAUAAAAGUUUUAAAAA